AUGGAAUACAUCACCCUCGCCGUCCUGGUCUUCAUCUCCCAUGCGUGGGGCACGGCUACGGCCGCCCACGCCCCGCCCAACCCCGUCAAGAUGAAGCACGACAUCAUGUGGCGGUCCAACCAGCUGCUGAACAAGCUGGUUGAGAAGAAGUAUCCCAACAAUGCGACGAUACUGGGUCCACCCGAUCAAGUGGACGGGCUCUCCUCGCUCACGUCGCUUCUGGAAGGCUACGAAGAUCUAAUCCCUUCCAGCGAGUCUCAGGUGAAGGCAGAGAUCAAGUCUCUGAAGGGUUUCCUGGACCUCUGGAAAAAGCGCCACUGCGGAGGAGACGACAGGGUAAAAAGCACUCCGGCCGCCGGGAGCGCUCUGCAGCUACUGCAGAGCUAUCGGACCUUUGUCCCGAUCAUCAACGUCCAGGCCCAUCUCAGAGUCAAGAAUAUACUCACUCAGCUGAAGGACAACAAGGGCAACCUGGACAAAUGCUGA